CUCCAGCCCACGGAACCCUCGUCGACGUCGCAAUGGCCAAGUCAAAGAACCAUACCAACCACAACCAGAACAAGAAGGCCCACCGUAACGGUAUCAAGCGGCCCCAGACCCACAGCACUCGGUCGAUGCGUGGCGUUGACGCCAAGUUCCGCCGCAACAUGCGCUACGCGGCUACGGGCUCGAGGAAAGCCCGGCUGGAGCAGAAAGCAGCAUCAUGAUCUCUGCCGGCUCACUCUUUCCCUUCAUCCCUCACGAUGAGCCGAUGAGGCGGUCAUACACUACUUCCUGCGCAGGAGAGCGCAGGGCCCCUCGCUAUGUAUCCAUAUGCAUAUGCAGUCAUCAUGCUUUCGAAUGUACAUGCCAAAAACUGCACCACGAGCGUCCAGCAGCUCCCAGUCUUCGCCUGUUCUCCUCAAAGCACUUGAGCAAGCGAGCGAGUCGCUCGAAGAUCC